AUGACAACCACCCCCAAAAAACAACACAUAGCGCACACCCUCCUCCUCCGCGCCCACUCCCCGGACACAGCCACCACCCUCUUCACCGAGCGCGUCAAACAGAAACCCCUCUACGUGCGCCCGACCUCCCCGACCCCGGAAGACAACCGCCACCGCCGCCGCCUCCACCGCCUCCGCCGCAAGGACUACUUCCUCCGCCACCAGAAACCCCGGCCCCUGUCCGCGCGGGAGCGCCGCGCCCACCCCGAGGUGUUCGGGGCGCCUUCUACCUCCCGGUCGCGGGCGAAGCAUUCCAAGAACAAGACCAAGAACCAGACCCAGAAUCAGCCAGAGGGUGAUGGUGAUGGUAAGGGCGAUGGUGCGGAUGCAGGGGAAUACAAGUACGCCACCUUCAAGGGCCUGAACGCGCUGUGGGUGGAGUACAUGCUCGCCGUGCUCGAUUUGAAGGACCCGCGAAGCAAGACGGGGUGUGUGGUCACGCCGAGCUCGCAUGGGAGUAAGCUGGUGAGCUGUGAUUAUCAUGGGGCCGAGGUGGAGGUGGUGCGGAGUCGGUGCGCGAGUCGGGUUGGGCUGCGGGGCAUUGUGGUGAGGGAUGGCAUGUUUGCGUUUACGGUGGUGGGGGAGGGGGAUCGAGUUACGCUGGUUCCGAAGGAACAUACGGUUUUUCGGUUUGAGUUGCCUUUACCUUUCGCGCCGGGGGGGAAAGAUGCGGUUGGGGAGUGUGAAGGGCAAGACCAAGCGCAACCGCAACAGAAGAAGCUCGUGUUCGAGUUGCAUGGCAGCCAGUUCCAGAAUCGGCCGGUCGAUCGCGCGAAUAAGAAGUUCAAGUGGAGGAAUGUGGACUAUGUUUGA